AUGUCACAAUCAUUGACAAAAGACAGUGUGUCUUUUGAAUCUCAAGACACUCAAUGUCAGACAUGCUUCAGUCAAUAUUCUUCAUCACUUGAAGAUGAAUUCUCUCUACAAUCACUACAGUCUCUCAACAAUGUAGAUGAUGAAUAUGACACAUCAGACAGUGACUUAACAGAGCUUGAAUCUAUUGAUACUUCUUCAGAAUUUGAGAUCACUGAUACUGAUAUCAAUACCCUGCAAGCUUAUUCAUGA